AAUCACCCUUUUCCACACGGAAUGUUGAUGCAGACACACACGAGUGGUCCGUGUCUCUGAUUGUGAUACUGGUAUCGAUUGAAAUAAGCCGUCCAGUCUUGUGCAGUACAGCGUGCUCAAAACAAAAGAAAGGAAGGUAUGCAGGGAACUAAAUGCCUAUUCGAGCUGUAACUGCUUGAACGAGAUAGAUCUGUGAUAAUGACUACAGAAGAGCAUCUAUAAAGCGAGCUCACAGCCCUGAUAUAGUUCAAUAGCAAUACUAAUUGUUGUAGCGGGUUGCCACACACCAUCGGAAAGAAGUUGGCACGAUGGCGGAUACGCCAGAAACCGCCCGUAAAAAACAGAGAAUUUCCAAAGUUUGGGAUCAUUUCAGACUUAAGGGAUACAACGUAGUGCAAUGUGACCACUGCCAAGCAGAGCUGGCGUUCCACAGCAGCACGAGUACGAUGAUUUCCCAUCUCAACCGAAAGCAUCCGAUACUCGUCUCCAGCCCGACGUGCGACGAGGACGCAAGCACGUCAGUUGGUCGCCCAAUUCAGUCAUGCUCUGUCAAAGAAGCUGCCCUUCUAACGGAGAGCAUUUUGACUAUGUUGUUCACUGAUUUGCGUCCACUGUCCAUGGUGGAGGACAAGGGAUUCAGAAAAAUGAUAUCAAUUUUCAACUCCAAGUACAACAUACCAUCAGUAACCUACUUCACAAAUAUGAUGCAGAAGAAGCACCAAGAGAUGACAGAGAAAUUAAAAAACAUGCUUCAGGACAUUGAUUGUGUAGCUUUAACCACAGACGUGUGGACUAGUUUGACCACGGAGUCCUACCUCGGGGUGACAUGUCACUUCUUGGGGGAAGAUUGGGAGAUGAAAGCCCUCAACUUAACAACGAUGCGUCUGGAAGAAAGGCAUACGGCUACUGAUAUCGCAGACUGGCUCGAGGAGACCACUGCCAGAUUUGAUGUUCCCUUCUCAAAGGUGAAGGCACUUGUCCAUGACAAUGGGGUCAAAGUAGUAGCGGCAGCAUGCAUUUUAAAGGAGAAGCAUGGCUGGGAUUCAGUCAUCUGUUCAGGGCACACUCUGAACUUAAUAGUUCAGAACACGCUUAAAAACAAAGAAACCAUUGGUAAUUGUGUUGAUUCUGCAAGACGACUGGUUGAAUAUUUUAAAAAGACGGAAAUGGCCUGUGCCGAACUUCAAGAAAAGCAGCAAAAAAUGGGAAUGCCGCCACUAAUGUUGAUUCAGGACGUAAGUGCUCGGUGGGACAGCACAUUUCACAUGUUGGUCAGGCUCCUCGGACAAAGAUGGCCCGUGACCGCCGCGCUCUCCAAUCUUGCUGUCGAUGCCAAACAGCACCACUUGGAUCUAAAUCCAGAGCAGUGGGGCCUCAUUGAGGAGCUGACUCAGGUCCUCGGGCCGUUUGAAGGCGCGACAGAGUUUCUCAAUGGCGAACAGUACGUUACUCUAUCUGCGCUUCCACAGCUGGUACACAACCUCAAGAAGUCAACACUAAGUUUUGUGUUAAAAACUGCAUCCGUGAGGGCAUUCCAGGCUCAAGUAGCAGAACAAAUCACAGAAAAGUGGCAAAAACUAUUUUUAUUUCGACCUGAAGCCCCUAACACUUUUCAGCUAGCUGCCGCUUUGGACCCGAGGUUUAGAAAACUAAAGUUCUUGCCCGCUGAAGAUGUGUUUAAGGUCCAGUGUACCAUCCAGUCCAUGGCAUUAGCUGCUAAAAUAGAAACAAAACAGUCAAAUGGAAGUGGAAAGCUAUCCCCCGCCAAAUCAAAAGACCGCCUAAAUACAAAAUAUGGAUCCUUGCUCAAGAGUAUGCUGGGAUCAUCGUCAGAUUCUAGUAGCGACGAAGAGGAAGAAGAUGAGGAUGAGCAGCUAAGUCAAGUUGUGCAGAGGGAGGUCAUGCAGUAUUUUGGAGAACAACCUCUCUCCAAGAGGGAGAACCCACUGUUAUGGUGGAGAACAAAUGCAGCACGAUAUCCUACAUUGGCCAAAUUGGCCAAGUGCUUCUUGGCUAUUCCGGCAACGUCGACACCUUCAGAGAGGUUGUUCUCUAAUACUGCAAACUUUGCCUCAAAACGGAAGGCUAGCAUCAGUAAUGAGCAUGUUGAUAUGUUGACGUUUCUACAUUGUAAUCAUAUGCUGUUGUAAGGACUUACAGUUGCACAAAAGUCUUUCGAAAUGUUUUUUUUUUGUUUUUUAAAAUAAAUUACAAUAUUCUUUUGACAGCAGCAUGGUAUUAAUCGACAUUACAACUUCUGCCACACUUCGAUUUGAUGAAAGGGCCUUCAGUCAAUAGGCUUAUUUCACAACUUCCUGGUUCAGACACUGAGCUGUCAACUGCCAUGAUGAGGGCCCGGGUUUGAUCCAUGGUUGGAGGACAUUAUUACAUAUUUACUUGAAUUGAAGUCCAUUUUACUCAACGUGUUGAGUUUAAACUGCUUAAACUGAAAUCCAGGUCACCUAGAAUGUCGAGUUCGAAGUUUUCCCAUCAAAACUUAAAGGCAAGUGAAAUUGUUGACUUGAAAUUUCUAAUUGAGCCACCUUGACAGUGAAUGUACACAUUCAAAACUCUGUUACAUUUCACCUAAAGCAAUAAAGAAUACAAUGUUGAUGUUUUUG